AUGGUAUCUAACGUUCUUCAUGUGCAGAACAAUGGCCAGAACGAAGAUCAAUACAGUCCCUCAAUAAGCAAUACGGACGAGGAUGAUGGCGCGUACGGCAUCUUCUGCUCGCUCAUGGACCUCACUGAUUCUUGGAUGGAAGCGACGAAAUCAUCCAAUGAACGCGAUGAGUUGUACCACACUGCGGAAGCCAUAGGAGUCGCAAAAGCUCCAAGCGACAUUGUCAAGGCCGCUUUGACAGAAUGCUGGGCAUACUAUUAUUAUAGUCAAGCUCAACUGGAUUACCUGCGGACAGCCUCAAAGUUCAAGGUCUUGUCGAUACGCACCCUCGUCGUGUGUGCACAUGCCAAUGAAGACUUUUAUGAGAUUGCGUCUGCAGAGCUCGACAAGGUCAAGAAUCUCGACGCUGAGCUUGCACUGCAGCUUCAACGAGGGCUCUUGUCAAUGGGGACACGGAUAACAGUAAAUAUAUUGAGAAUGGCAACGACUGCUUUGGGCGAUGCCAUGGACAAGAAUCAGAACCCCAAGUCUAGCUCUUGA